AUGGCCGUGCUAAGCAACCAAGCCAGACUUACGACAAUGCUAUGCCGGGCAAAAGCAGAUGUUGCUUGCCGGGUGGGGGAAUCUCCAAGUCCAAUUCGUUUGGCGCAUGGGAGGCGCAUGGUGGGCUCACUCGAAGCCAUGGCAUGUUUUCCUGAGUGCUAUCGCGCGGAAGACUUGACCCCUGAGAUUGUCAGGCUGCUGGUAAGAGUCCAGACAGACAUCAAUUGGGCAGAUCAGAGCGGCCAAACAGCCCUGCACUGCCAUGCUGCUGCCGGACGCUUUGAAGCGGUGAGUCUCCUGGGCCAGCACAAGGCCAGGAUUGACAUCAGAGACACCGGAGGCAAUGCGCCCAUACACUUGGUCCCUGAAAUGGCAGAGGAAAGAGCACAGUGGCAGUCUCUUCUCGGGUUUGUGGUGCUUGCGAGCUUGAGCGGAGAAGAGAUGGCGCUUCCCAUCUCUGAGUUGAAUCUUCAACAAGACUUUGUCCAUUGCGUGAGGCAGUAUUUGCGGGAAUACUACCAACUGCAAGGUCAAUCAGUGUCCUAUUUUACAAUUCACAUGACUGAUGGAGUCUCGGGAGAGAAGCUCUUGCAGGGUGGUUCGUGGGAAGCUUUGGGCAAGCCAGAGCGCGUGACAAUCACCCUUGGAAACUUUGCCGCGCAGAGCCGAGAGACAGAGGAUCAGACGAGGGAGUUUUUGAAGCUGGCAGGGCAGGAAGGUGCCGAUGCUGAUCAAGUGAUUCGAGGUCACUUGCACAACUUUCAAGAUCCGAAUGUGACAGAUGAUCGAGGCUUAUCAGAGGGCGUGCCGCUGGCAAGCCUAGAACAAAGGACGGCAGGAGGCGCUUCGCCUGUCUACAUUGCGGCUCAAAAGGGUUGCGAUGAGUCGCUCCAGUUGCUUCUUGAUGCGCGGGCCAAACCCAACGUAGCAGCCAAUGAUGGAGCGACACCGCUUCUGAUCGCGUCGCAGAAUGGCAACCAGAGCUCGGCCAGCAUCCUUUUGUCCUAUGAAGCUCUCGUCAACAAAGCGAUGUCUACCCUUGCAACUCCUCUUUUUGUGUCAGCUCAAAAUGGCCAUUUGGAUGUAGCCAAAUUGUUGGUUGAAUGGACGGCUGAUGUGCAGCUCUCUUUGGAGAAUGGAACAAGCCCUGCCUACGUUGCUGCGCAAAAUGGGCACAAGGCAAUGGUGAAAUUCUUGUGCGAGCAAAAGGCGAACAUUGAAGCAACGGGUGCUGGUGGGGCGACAGCUUUCUUCAUUGCUGCUCAAAAUGGUCACUUGGGAGUCAUGCAGUAUCUCUUGAAGAAUAUCAAGAAGCUGAGGCCUGCGACUCUUGAUGCCAUGCAACAGCUGGACUUGAAAACCAAAGACAGAUCUACGCCCCUGCUCGUGUCGUCCCAGAAUGGCCACAUGGAGGUGGUGUGUUUCUUGACAGAGGACAGGGAGACCUCACAAACCAUUCUCACAACCGUGAUCGACCACCAGAAGGAAGGCGGUGCUUCAGCUUUGUAUUUGGCAUCACAAAAUGGACAUGCCAACGUGGUGACCCAUCUUUUGGCACUCCGUGCCAGUGUGGACAAGGUCUUGAUGGACACCUUGGAGACGCCCUUGUUCAUUGCUUGCCAAGGUGGCCAUGAAGAGGUUGUGAUUGAGCUCCUCGAGAAUGGAUCGAAGGUCAACCAGCCAAAGCACGACGAGACGAGCCCCUUGUAUAUCGCUUGUCAAAAUGGCCACACCAGCCUGGUGCCUCACUUGCUAGGAAAAGGGGCUUCGGUCAACCAUCGGAACAAGAAUGGAGCUACACCUCUAUUCAUCGCCUGCCAGAAGGGACACACAGAAAUUGUGGGUCAGUUGUUGGAGAAGCGUGCAGAUGUUGAGCAAGCUCUUGCAAGUAAUGCGACCCCGCUCUACAUUGCUUCAUCCAAAGGGCAUUCUGGGAUCGUGACGAAGCUCUUGGAGGAGAAAGCAGACGCAAACAAGACACCCGGACAUGAGACUACUCCGCUGUCAGUUUCAGUGCAGAACAGGCAUCCGGAGGCCGACGAGUCGCAGGCCUUUCAACAGUUGAUCGACCCAUCCGUGCAAUCCACCGGAUCCCUGCAACGAGCCAGGAAUCCAGAGCACGAGGUCAACAGCCGUCAAACGGCCUUGCAGCAGGGCACCAUUGACUUGGCAGGGCAUGAGGCUCACGAAGCCUCUGGGGACUUGAAGCUGGUAAUUGAUAAGACCUUCUACACCUACAAGCUUGAAGAGGUAAAGGAGUCAGACAACAUGGUGUUGUCAGCUCCAAAUUCACCUCGGAGUGACGAAGAGGUGGAGAAGCCUGUCCUGGCCAACCUUCACAAGGUGCAGAAGAGGCUGGACAAGGAUGGGAAUCGAUACACCCAGAAGGAGAUGAUGCACCGCCACGGUCCCAUCAAAGGCCUCCAGCAGUUUCGCCAGUGCAAGGCCUCGUGCACCUACUGUAGCGGCGCCAAGCGGUAUGGAGGAAGGGUCCUCAAUUUCCCGGAGCUGCAGAGGGAGGUUGGGCGGGAAAGGGCCAAACGCAUUUGGAAGAACUCGAAGAGGUGUGCUGCGCCCAGGGCAGAAUCUCCUGGCGUCCGUGCAGCUUCCUCGCGGAGUGCAGAGCACAGAGUGGAUCGUGUUGCCUUGGCUUUGAAGCGAGACGAUAGACGCUCUGUCGAACUGGGCGAAGAGUGCGCUUUCGAAGCCCAAGAGUCCUCCGUCAGUGAUGGCGACAGCGUAGAAAGGAUGGCUGGAUUGGAGGACUUUACUGAUGUUGCACAGCUCAUCGCUGCGCUGGCUGAUGUCAAUGAGACAGACCGCAGACCGCAGAACUUACAAAAUGCGCUGACCAUGGCUGUGCUGGGCAACAACGCUAGACUUACGACCAUGCUUUGCCGGACAAAAGCUGAUGUGGCCAGCCGAGUACUUCGUUUGGCACGUGAGAAGCGGAUACGUUUCGGCGAAGCCAUGACGCAUGUGGCGCGUCUUCAGUGCGGUGCAGUACUGGACGUGCCAUCCAUGUGUGCGACCCCUGACAUCAUAGCGCAUCAUAGCCUGAGCGCAGAAGACUCGACUCCUGACAUUGUCAUCCCUGACAGUGUCAUCAAUUCUGUCCCGGACGUUGUCAUCAAUUCUGCAGAUGAGAACGGCCAAACGGCCCUGCACCGCCAUGCUGCUGCCGGACGCUUUGAAGAUGCGAGCCUUUUGGUCCAGGAGAAGGCCAGGAUUGACAUCAGAGACGCCGGAGGCAAUGCGCCCAUAGACUUGGUCCCUGAGAUGACAGAAGAAAGAGCACAGUGGCAGUCUCUUCUCGGUUUUGUGGCGCUUGCGAGCUUGAGCGGAGAAGAGAUGGCGCUUCCCAUCUCUGAAUUGAAUCUUCAGCAAGACUUUGUCCAUUGCGUGAGGCAGCAUUUGCGGGAAUACUACCAACUGCAAGGUCAAUCAGUGUCCUAUUUCACAAUUCGAGUGAUUGAUGGAGAGAAGGUCUUGCAGGGUGGUUCGUGGGAAGCUUUGGGCAAGCCAGGGCGUGUGACAAUCACCCUUGGAAACUUUGCCACGCAAAACCUAGAGACAGAGGAGCAGACGAGGGACUUCUUGAAGCUGGCAGGGCAGGAAGGCGCCGAGGCUGAUCAAUUGAUACGAGGUCACUUGCAGAACUUUCAAGAUCCGAAUGUGACAAAUGAUCGAGGCGAGACCGCAGCCUUUAAGGCCAGUCGGAACGGUGACCUGCCAAAGCUGGAGAUCUUGGAAUUGGGAUGCGCCGACUUUACCCAGGCAGACAAUGGUGGUGCCACUCCACUCUUCAUUGUUGCGCAACAUGGUUGGCUAAACGCGGCCAAAUUCUUGGUGUUAUACAAAGCCGAGGUGGACAAGGCAUUGAACACAGAAGCAACUCCAAUGUACGUUGCCGCCCAAAACGGGCAUACAGAACUUGUCUCAUUCCUACUGGAAUCGAAGGCUAACUUGGAUGCUCGGACGACUGAUGGAGCUACACCCCUUUUCAUAGCCUCCCAAAUGGGUCACUAUGGAGUCGUGGAGAUGCUUCUCAUCGCUGGAAGCUCCUUCGACAUUCCUAACCGAACCGGUGCAGCUGCGCUGUUCAUUGCGGCCCAGAACAAUCAUGCUGACAUUGUUCAGCUGCUUCUUUCCUGGAAGGCAAGUCUAGAACAAAGGACGGCAGGAGGCGCAUCGCCUGUCUACAUUGCGGCUCAGAAGGGUUGCGAUAAGUCGCUCAAGUUGCUUCUCGAUGCGCGGGCCGAACCCAACGUAGCAGCCAAUGACGGAGCGACGCCGCUUCUGAUCGCGUCGCAGAAUGGCAACCAGAGCUCGGCCAGCAUCCUUUUGUCCUAUGGAGCUCUCGUCAACAAAGCGAUGUCCACCCUUGCAACUCCUCUUUUUGUGUCAGCUCAAAAUGGCCAUUUGGAUGUGGCCAAGUUGUUGGUUGAAUGGACGGCUGAUGUGCAGCUCUCUUUGGAGAAUGGAACAAGCCCUGCCUACGUUGCUGCGCAAAAUGGGCACAAGGCAAUGGUGAAGUUCUUGUGCAAGCAAAAGGCGGACAUUGAAGCAACGGGUGCUGGUGGGGCCACAGCUUUCUUCAUUGCUGCUCAAAAUGGUCACUUGGGAGUCAUGCAGUAUCUCUUGAAGCAUAUCAAGAAACUGAGGCCUGCGGCUCUUGAUGCCCUGCAACAGCUGGUCUUGAAAACCAAAGACAGAUCUACGCCCCUGCUCGUGUCGUCCCAGAAUGGCCACAUGGAGGUGGUGUGUUUCUUGACGAAGGAGUUGGAAGCUCUCUCGCAGACCCAAUUGGCACAGGUGAUCGACCACCAGAAGGAAGGCGGUGCUUCAGCUUUGUAUUUGGCAUCACAAAAUGGACAUGCCAACGUGGUGACCCAUCUCUUGGCACUCCGUGCCAGUGUGGAUCUGGUCCUGACGGACACCUUGGAGACGCCCUUGUUCAUUGCUUGCCAAGGUGGCCAUGAAAAGGUUGUGAUUGAGCUCCUCGAGAAUGGAUCGAAGGUCAACCAGCCAAAGCACGACGAGACGAACCCCUUGUAUAUCGCUUGUCAAAAUGGCCACACCAGCCUGGUGCCUCACUUGCUAGGAAAAGGGGCUGAGGUCAACCAUCGGAACAAGAAUGGAGCUACACCUCUAUUCAUCGCCUGCCAGAAGGGACACACGGAAAUUGUGGGGCAGUUGUUGGAGAAGCGUGCAGAUGUUGAGCAAGCUCUUGCAAGUAAUGCGACCCCGCUCUACAUUGCUUCAUCCAAUGGGCAUUCUGGGAUCGUGGAGAAGCUCUUGGAGGAGAAAGCAGACGCAAACAAGACACCCGGACAUGAGACUACUCCGCUUUCAGUUUCAGUGCAGAACAGGCAUCCAGAGGUGGCUGAAUUGCUUCUUGCGAAGAGGGUGGAGGUCAACAAGGGUGCGAAAAAGGAAGGCUGGACACCGCUUCACUUCGCCAUCAAGGGCGGUGAUUUGGACAUGGUCCGCCUUUUGGUCGCAAAUGAUGCCGAUCCAGAACAGAAGGAUAAGUCUGGCCGUGACUCUUGGAAACUCGCCGAAGAGGUUCCUGAGAAGCUUCAGGAGAUGUGCCACAUUCUGUCGGGUGCACUGCCACCUCCUCUGACCUCUCGUCAGCGACCUGCGCAGAAAACCCCCUCCCACUGCUGUGGCCUCCCGAGGACCUCCAACCCCCCAAGAAAGCCCACCGAGCCUUACCUGGGAUGGCGAAGCAAUUGA